AUGUUUAUAUUUAACCUCUGUGGUCACAGACAGGCGUUGUGCCUCUGGUGUAUGAUGUGCGUGACCAGGUGCUCUCGAUCAGGGAAGGCGAUAGCAGUGCGCCAGCUCUUGGGGUACGUUGACACGAUGACCCGCGUUCCCGUACGCAGGCCGUUAUGUUCCAUCUCAGCAACUGAUACACUCGAGGCAGAACUCCCGCCAGGCGGCUUCGUCGACCUCUCUGCGAUAAAGGACUCUGAAAAGAAGGAAAUGUUCCGUAAGGGCAAGCAAGCAUGCCUGGCGGUGCCUCGCAGUGCGACGAUGAAAGACAUUAAGGAACAGAUAAAAUUUGUGCUGGAAAACCAGCAACAGAAAUUGAGUCUGUUCAAAGACGGUGCACACCUAAAGGAUAAACACACAUUUGAGGACGACGCCUUUUUUCCGCAAAUAAAAGGUGUCAUUCGCCAGAAGGGCAUGACGACUGGUUCGGCUUUCGCCACGGCGCAUCCGGUGACCAAAGAUGACGUCAUUGCGACUAUCCUAGUGCGAUGUCCGACACGCCUCACAAGGGUGGAGAUCACAGAUGGCAUUUCGAUCUUGAUACAGGGGAUCUCAAACGAGUAUGUAGUCGAACGCCAACUCGACACAGCUAUGCCGCACUUUUGGAAGAAGGGAGAGCAAUCUUCAGAACUUGUCCUCUUCAUCGACAGAGAGUGGUGUGGGGCUGCUAUUGAUGCUCUGUUAAAAUUCCACACAAAGAUCAGCGAACCCAACUUAGAAGUUGGAGGAUCAGUUGUACCGAAAGACGGAUUCCUGGAUGACCGGGACACUUAUCCAACGGCGCUAAUUGACGCUAGACUUAAGGUUUGUCUGGGUUUCCUCAGCGCCUCUAAGCUGUUGAAGGACGAGCAGGACAAUGUACUCCAUUCCGCCAACUUCUUCCCUAUCCCGAAACCCUCGAUUUCUUUCUAA